UACUUUAGAAAACCUUUCAUGGUGACAAAAGACCUUAAGUGCACUUUAUAAUACAGUAAUAUUGUAUACAAUCAGUUAAUUCAAUUACUUAUCAUUUGAGGUUCUGACCCGUGGAAGAGCCUAUCUCCCUCACUCACUAAGUUGAUGGCUUUGUUUGCCUUUUAUGUACAUGUACCAUUGUUGUCGCUGCCUAGUUGGUCAAACAAACAAAUACACAGUCUGUUGUUUAGGGCACAAUGAGCUGAUGCAUUGCUUGCCAAGCACAUUUUAAUAACAUAAUCCUAGCACAUAUCCAUAACUCAUUGUACACAUCCCGUAUAUACAACAUGCAAUAAUUUUAAGUAUCAGUGUGGUAUUAGUUUUCCAAUGAUAGCUUACAUGAGACCUUUUACAUCCAGAUUAUGAAAACAGUUUGUUAGCUGUAGUGAAUAUGUCAGGCCUGACGGGAGCUGCUAACAGAGCACUGAACCACAAAUGCGCAUCUGUGUCAUACCGUCCCAUAAUAACAAGCACUAAAGGGAGCAUUUCCCAUGCAGUGUUUCUCUUUUCUCCUCCUUUUUCAUCUCUGUUGUUGGGCUAUUUAAAUUUUGAAAGAAAGGUUUGAUUAUUUAGAUUUAACUUUAUUCCAGACUUAAAUUGUCAGGUCAAAAGUGUAUUAUAUUGUUGCUUGCCCUAAUUAUCAAAAGGAAAAUCUAUUUAAUUAGUGCUCUUGAGGCAAGCGACAGAAGAAGGGCCUGUGAGACUCUCACUUAUUCAGAGGAGUGAGCCACUGCAAUGGACUACUGUUUUAUCAAUGCCCUGCAGAUGCUGUACCCUAAGGCCACCUACACUUUUGAGAAAUAGCCUAGUGUCUUAUAAGAUGUUUUCUGAGAUAUUCAUAUCCCUUAAACAUGUUUGUUCGACCAACCUCCUGCUGAGCUGCCAUGGGGCAGAGACAGGUACAGCGUUACUGUCUGUGCAAAAGAAUUAUAAACUUUCUGCUUGUAAUGCCCAUGUUCAGUUUGGGGCUUUCCCAGUAUGUAUUGUCUAAUGGAAUCCUCUGAUCACUGUUUUUGGCUGUACUUUUUGUUUAUUUGUUAGGUCACUCUAGCCUAAUAGGUCACAAUUAAUCACAUAACAAUAUUCCACAACUUAGUUUCGAUUGUGCAAUGAAUACUAGUGGGGUUGCUUAGCACAUACAACAUUGCACUAUAAACCACCCUUAUUGCACUGUGUUCAAAAUAAUUAAAAAAGAAAGAAGUAUCAGAAAGGCAAAUUAGAGAGUUCCAAUGACAAUUCUCUUAUUCUAAGAACGUGGAAGAUUCACUUAAAAUGACAUGCACGGUUUCCUGAGCCAGACAGAUUAUCUGUUUAGGUGCUUAUAUGGUCCCAUCACUAUAGUAUUUCAGCACCUUCCAAGUUUUUAAAUGUAGAAAUAAUUGAUCUUCCUUCCUACCCUGGAGGAAGAAUAACUUGAUUAGUUUAUAGAGACAUGGGGGUGGGGGGUAGGUGCUGCAGGUGCACGCUUGCAUGUGUGUAGAAUUUAUUGAGGGAAAGGCAAAUCAAAGAAAUGAGUCUUGCAUUUAGUUCCAAACAGAGGGAGGGGGUGGGGUAACAAACAUACAAAUGCAAAAUAUUACUAGGAAUUAUAAGAAGCAUGUAAAAAGCUACAGAUUUAGAAUCCUUUUUGAGAUUUGGCUGUGUGAGUAAGCUAUUUUAAUUAAGAAAUAUUUAUCUGCAGUGAGAAGUUGCUUGCUGGUUGGAUAAUUUCACCAAAAAUAUUUGUUAUGCUUACAGUGCUUUCUCCUAUAGCAAAUGCUGACCUCUGAUGUCAUAAGUGGAGUAUCUAUGGCAACGUUGAGUGGUACAACUCAUUUUACACUAGGGCUCUACCUCCUUACUUGGUACCUGGGAUUAGAACAGCAAAGAUGAGCAGUUUAGAGUACUUAGCAUAUCCGAUGAUUGUUGCCAAUCACAGGCAGAGUACUAGCAUGAAGAAAAAACUGGACAUUGGUGACUAUCUCGCUCACAAGAACAAACUAGAACUCGCAAGACCUCAUGUUGAUAAUAAACCCCCACGUGCACAAACUCACCAUCACUUUAAAAUGAGCAAGAUUCAGGAGGACCAAAAGAGAAUUGGUAGAAUCGAAAGAGAAAACAAGCAGCUAGCAGAGAGGUUAGCUACCAUUCAGCGUGGGACAGGGAUGGUGGAUUGCUGGAAUGAAUACUUUCAGAGGAGCUCAAAUAGGGAGAAGCAGAACAGGGAGAUGGUGAGAAUCACUGUUGAAAACCAGGGGAUUCUGAAGCGACUUGGUGAACCUAAACCUACAUAUGAUCGUAGGAAGUCCGAGAUUGAUUGGCAGAAUUCACGGCACUAUAUCCGGAAUACCACGCGGUAUCUCAUUGCUUCUCAGGAUAGCUAGGAGAAUACACCAGGCAUGGAUAAUACAGCAGAGACUCAGCACAUCUUGAAAGUCUGAUGGCCUGUUAGGGAUACAUAUCACAUCGGCUGAUGUUUUCUUAGGAUUGUAAAAUAAAAUGGAGCAUUGAAUGAAUGCAGUUUUCCUAUAAAAGUGCAACUCCCCACUCCAGCCUCAAAAUCUUCACCACAUAUAUGUCUACUUUUGCCAUAAUUUAUUUUGAAUUUACAAACAAAACUGCACCUAAAAAACUCACAUUACAAUUCUCACAAAUUAAUAAAAAGGCAAUUGUGUUUAACUACAGGGUUUGAUGCCUGCACAGGAUAGAAAUGGAGGCAAAUAUCAUUUAUUAGAUGAAUCAGAUUGUAAAUGACAUUUUAGCUCAGUGAUUGAUACCAAUUUAGACCAUGAGACAUUUUCAGUUAUUGUAAUUCUAAAUAUUUUACAAAAUCUGCACAUUUCCAUUUGUCUUGGUUCUUUUAGCAACUAUUUCCUCUAUUGGUAUCUACUGGACUAUAAAGCAAACAAACUAUGUUGUACUUUUACUGCUACUAUUUUGUAAGUGGUUUGAUAAUAAUUCCUGCAUUGAAUAGAUUUCUGUUGAUAUUAUUUUACAGCACAGAGAAUGCUGUUUCAUCUAACCUAUAUCCUUGUUCAUGGUGACACACGGUAUAUAUUUUAUCAUGUCUAGUUGGAUGUAUUAAAGCUGUUAGUAAUCUGCAAUAAA